AUGAUUGAUAUAAUUCUUGAAGAUGUUAUGCGAAUGUCAACAGAUGAGCUCAUAAGCCGUACUCGUCUCCUGGAUAAUGAGAUUAAAAUAAUGAAAUCUGAGCUUCAUCAUGUAGAUCAUGAAAUUAAAAUGAAGCAAGCAAAGGUUAAGGAAAGUAAAGGAAAAAUUAAGAUGAAUAAAUCACUUCCUUAUCUGGUUUCAAACGUCGUAGAGCUUCUGGAUGUUGAGCCGCAAGAAGAUGAAGAAGAAGAUGGCGCAAACAUUGAUCUAGAUGCUCAGCGCAAGGGCAAAUGUGCUGUUAUCAAGACGAGCACUCGUCAAACUUAUUUCUUGCCAGUUAUCGGAUUAGUACCACCCGAAGAACUUAAGCCGGGUGAUCUCAUUGGAGUCAAUAAAGACUCCUAUCUCAUUUUAGAAAAACUUCCCCCUGAAUUUGAUUCGAGAGUAAAGGCAAUGGAAGUUGAUGAUAGGCCAGCUGAGUGCUAUACCGACAUCGGUGGCCUCGAUAAACAAAUACAGGAGUUAAUUGAAGCUGUUGUAUUACCAAUGACCCACAAAGAUCGAUUCGAGGCCAUCGGUAUCCAGCCUCCCAAGGGAGUCUUGCUCUAUGGACCCCCUGGCACUGGAAAAACUCUCCUCGCUAGGGCGUGCGCUUCUCAUAUUAAAUCUACAUUUCUCAAGCUUGCUGGACCUCAGCUAGUACAAAUGUUCAUAGGCGAUGGUGCCAAAUUAGUUAGGGAUGCCUUUACUUUGGCAAAAGAAAAGGCACCUGCCAUAAUUUUUAUAGAUGAAUUAGACGCGAUUGGCACGAAGCGCUUUGACAGUGAAAAGGCUGGAGAUCGUGAGGUUCAACGCACAAUGCUUGAAUUGUUAAAUCAACUUGAUGGGUUUCAACCUAAUCAUGACAUAAAAGUUAUAGCAGCGACAAAUCGAGUUGAUAUUCUUGACCCUGCGCUUCUUAGAUCUGGCCGACUAGAUCGUAAGAUAGAAUUCCCUGCACCCAAUGAGGAGGCUCGUGCCAGAAUAAUGCAGAUACACUCCCGGAAAAUGAACGUUGAUAAGGAUGUAAAUUUUGAAGAAUUGGCUCGGUGUACUGAUGAUUUUAAUGGGGCUCAGUGCAAAGCAGUGUGUGUCGAGGCGGUAAGUCUGCUUCAUUUUUUUGUUUAG